GAGGAGGAAGGCGGAGUUAGGGUGAGUGUCGGGGCGGUGCAGCCGCAGCCGCGCCGCGCUAAAUAACCCGGCGCUCCGAGCGCGAGCUGCGCUGAAACAUCCACCUGGCAGCGGGGCACGCGCUGCGGAACACAUUCAACUUACUACCAGUUCACACUUAAUCCUGUAAAUAUACAUUCUACGUGUCUUCUUCUUUUGAACGAUUACAUGUGAAUAUCCAGUUUGGGGGAAGUUACCAGAGGAGACUUUUUUUUGUUUUCCCACUCAAAGCGUCGACGAAGUUCAAGCACAUCUUACCAGACACACACACACACAUGGAUGUCAGAAGGAAUAACCUCAACGAUGCUGCCCUCCUCAGUCUUCUCGCUGUCUCCUCCAAAUAGUUAUGUCAGCCAGCUGAGCACCCGCCACAAUACGCCUGAAGAGGACGAUGAGACCAUGAACACCGAGGAGAGAGAAGCCAGCAGUGUCCACAGAGUGGACCCAGCGUCCAACCUCAACAACCACCGCCAGCCCCCAGACCACACGGCGGCCCCCGAUGACUCCAUGUUCAGCAGGCGGGGGUGGCACAGACAGCAGGGACCCUCGUACCCCCACCCUGCCAGCUCCACCUUCUGCUCCUCCGUGCCCCCUCACUGCCUGCCUCCCGGAUACAGCCAGCCAACCCCGUUCCCCAGCCAGGUCAACAUGCUCCACCCGAGCUUCGCCAGCAGCUGGACGGGCUACCCCAACAGCCUCCCGUCCUGCCUCAAUCAAAAGGAAUACUCCUGCUGCUCCGAGGAGAGCUGCUUGUCCAGAUACAAAUCCGCCUCCCUCCCCAGUCAGCACAGCGGCAACAUGAGCUUGGAGCAGCCGCAGUCGCUGCGCUCCAACCCGCCGUCGGCCGAGCUCUACCACCAUACGUUGUCUCCGUACUCGGGUCCUCCGCAGGGCCCUGCCUGCUGUGCUCAAUGCCCUGCAGGCGCUUUCAGCAGGCGGCCCGUGGCCCACAAAGACGCGUGGCAUCAAUACAACCCAUCUUACAGCCUAUACUAUCCAGAAGAGUGCAGGGUGCCUGGAGCUGGAUUCACGCACGUUGGACACAACGUCCCGGUUAAAGAGAGACACCCCACGUACAGCACACCGCUCUCUCUGGAGCAGAGGAGGGUCUUUGUCACCUACGAAGCCGACAACGACAAGCACGUCAAUGAGAUCAUCAAGUUUGUGGCUCUACUGCGACACAACGGGUUUGACACUCAUAUUGACAUCUUUGAGCAGCAGUACAGAAGUAUAAGCAAGAUUGACUUCAUGGAGAGGUACCUCAGUGAGAAAGAGUAUCUGAUCAUCAUCAUCAUCAGCCCUAAGUAUUAUGAGACGGUGACAACCUCCCCGUUCGACCUGGAGAACGACGAGAGGACCUUUAACACAGUUUACAUCUACAAACAGCUUCAGAAUGAAUUCAUCCAGAAUGGAAGCAAGAAUUUCAGGUUUAUUCCCAUCUUGUUUCCUGGGGCUAAAAAAUGUCACGUUCCUAACUGGCUUCAAAACACUCAUGUUUACGGUUGGCCUCGUGACCGAGACGACAUCCUCCGACGCCUGAUGAGAGUGGAGAAGUAUAACCCGCCUCCCAUCGGGGAACUUCCAACCAUCGUUUCCAUCCCCAUCUAGAGCUGACCCAAGGACACGCACACACAGGACCGUCUAGCUAUCUGCCGAGGUGAACGGGGUCGUGCUCACGCUCCUGGCCUCAUUUCUUCUGUGAUUGUAAAGACUCAGGUGCUUUUGUAGAUUCUUUUGAACUUUUUUGUUACAUAAACAAACAGAGUGGAGCCUGUGUGGACACAAAAUGAGGGUAUCAUGGGGGUGGGGGGCUUUUUUGUACAUCUUCAAUGUACUUUGUAUUUUAAAAUGAGUAAAAAUCCCAUUUAUAUAAUUUCACAAGUCACACACAGGUUACUGGGUUAGACUGUGGAAUAAAAAUGAAUAUGAAAACUGUAAAGGCUGGUACAGUAGCAGCACAGCCAGGGUUAUCAGUCUCUAAGUGUACCAAGACUUGACUUUUCUAAGUUAUGGCAUCAUAACUGCUAAAAUGUUCAGUUUUUAAGGUUUAGACAUUUUUAGGAGACUCAUGAAAAGCUUUCCCUCUUGAUAUGUAGCACACAGUAUCACAGCACCUCUGCCCCCCCACCGGUGGCUACACACUGCCUGUCAACUGGCUGAAAGAAGAUGCUUUUCUCUUACAAGACUAAUUCUCCCCUGUUGCUGCAACAAUUAAUUUGUUGAAACUAAAGUAUCGCCACCAGUCAGUCUGAUUAUAAGAACGUUGCCUUAAUCCUUGUCCAGUUCUGCAUAGGUAUGUCAAUUUGAAAAAGGAAUAUGGGAAAAGUGUUUAACUGUAAUAUUUUAUUCUUUUUAGCAGUAGCAAUAAUUAUUGGGUUUUGGUUUUAAAUCAAAGCAGUUCUAUGAUGUACAAUACAUUUGUUUCUUUUUGUAAAUAUUGUCAUAUUUUUACUCAAGGUGAUCAUGAACUUCUAUAAUCAGCUGGAAUGGCUCAUUUCAGGGCUCUUCAGUUCAAACGCCUGCUGUUUGGUAACGAUAAUAAUAAAAAAAACUUACUGAUUUAA